AGAAAAUUAUCAAGGUAAACUAUUUAUUAUAGAACCUUGUCUUGUUAUAUGAAAAUAUGUCACUUUAGUUUGUUAUCUUUUUUCGUUUUCAAGUCAAAAUUUCCAAUAUCAAGUACAAGCAGAAAUCUUUUAUCAGGAUGCUGAAGAGGAUCAUGUGACAUAAGGCACUAACCUACACUCCUGUUCGUUCUGUUAUUGUUAGGGAGCUAGUCUUUCGGAGCAUCACUUACCAUCUAAUAAGAUGUACCCAUUGGUUAGUUCUAUUGAUGCCAAAGCUAAUGAUGCAUCUAUUGUGGAAGCUUAAGAAUAUGCAUACCAACUUGGCCUUCUAAAUUAACUUUAUAUUGGGGAUGUUCUCUUAUAAUUAGUCCAUUCUUGCAGCGCUUAUUGCGACUAUGGAACUCUUGUUCCUGAGAAGGCAAAGAGAAAAAUGUUGGUCUGUUUUGGUGGUGGAACUGACAAGGGUGUGGAAGUUAUUAGGCGCUGUUGGAUUGAUUUUGAACCUCCAUUUGCCUUCCUCUUAAGAAAAUUUGAUAUUACAUUUUAACUCAAAAUUUUAACACUUGGAUUUAUGGGUCUUCUCUCUACUUCUAUGGGAUUCAACUUUUUCACUUUUAUUCAAUGAGAGAUUUCACCUCACACUUGUACUCCAACAUUGCAGACCCUGAACUUGUAUAUGACCUCAAUAUUACUGGCUAUUUGAACUUUUUGUGUGGUCGAGGCUACAACAGUUCCCAGCUGUUCUACGGCAAGCCUUACACCUGUCCAAAGUCGUUCAGUUUAGCAGAUUUCAAUUAUCCAGCAAUCACAAUUCCUCAGUUAGACCCUGGACAUUCUCUGAAUGUUACUCGAACUGUUACCAAUGUUGGGUCUCCAAGAACGUAUAGAGUGCACAUCAAGGCACCACCACAAGUUGUAGUUACGGUCGAGCCUAGGAAACUGAGGUUCAAGAAAAAGGGUGAAAGAAAGGAGUUGAGAGUUACCUUGACCUUGAAGCCGCAAACUAAGAACACCACUGAUUAUGUUUUCGGGUGGUUGACGUGGACUGAUCACAAGCACCAUGUCAGGAGUCCCAUUGCAGUCAAAAUAGCACAUUAAGUGAGAUUUAUGUUGAUGCUGCAUUUAUGAGUAUUUGGAGUGGUGUGUACCCUUUUUUUAUCUUUGCAAUAAAGGUUUUUAUUAAAUUGUAAAAGUUUUCUAGAAAUCUAGAAGUGAAUAUAAAUAAUCAUGUUCACCUAGUGUUAAAGCUUCAAGAUCUAC